AUGUUGACCGACAGUCAUGCGCCAAUCGGCGGCCGAUACAGGAUGUACAAAGAAGGUGGCGAUCGCAUCACGCGCUGGCUCGUCUCAACCGCAUCUUCCUGCCGACGCAGCUGGACCGUGGCAUCCACUGCGAGGGGCAAAGUGUCGACCGGGGAACUGCUCAAAUAUGCCCAACUCAUUUCAUCGUGGAAGCCGCCGAUCGAGAUCCCAGGCAACAUCACGGAGUUGCUGCAGGACGUGGUCAUAGGCCGAGAAGUAUGCGCCGAGUUUUACGCGUCACAGGAUAUGGCCUGCAAGGGACACCAGCACAUGAUCGAGGUUUUGCAGAAAGUUCUUGCCGUCCUGUUGGAAGCGAGGCGGAAGCGAAAGAAGGAGAAGACCAAGGGCAAGCAGGCACAUGCGCUGCCGGAGCAUGCCGAGGCCACCCAGCUCAAGACAAAAGAGGCUCUGAAUAAUCUCUUUGAGAACCUUCAGAUUGAAGAGCCAUGCGAAGAAGCCUGGGCCACUGCGCCAAAAAAGCGGCCGACUCAGCCAGCAGUCCCAGUCGACUGGCCGACACUUGAGGUGGAUGAAAAGGAGGAGAAGAUGUUCGUGCUCUUCUGCUUUCUAAAAGAUAUGCAAGAGAUGAGAGCGCUCGUCAAGGACACCUGGCAGGAGUACGGCGAAAAGAAGAUCGCGGCAGUCACCGCGUCGAUGGUCACCGAGGCUGCCCUGGGGAUCAUGUCAUGUGCCAACGAGACUCUGACAGAAGCACACCCUAGCUUCGCGGAGGUUGAUGACGUCCUGGCAUUUCUCCACCUUCGCCUGGAUACUGAUGCUGAUGGCAAGCCAGGCUUGUACGCUACCAGCUCAGUCGAACAAGGUCAAGCAGUAGACAACGAACUGACGCAGAUGCUCUGUCCAGAGGCCAUCGCCUUGACCAAAGGACUGCAGGGUUUGUUCAGCGCUGCGAGGGCUACCGCAAGGGAUCGGAAAGCCAAUGGAGCUUCGACCAAGGAACAAUGGCGCUACGAAGAGAAAGUGACGCCGCCAGGAGUUUUUUCGCUCUCCUCCUUCGGAACUCUGCUGUAUCGCUUGUUCCCUGACCUAUUCCGGCUGGUCAAGGAACACAAGGACUGCAAAGGCUUCUCUAAUGAGUUUCAGUAUGGACUUGUCCAGGUUGGAGCCGGUAAUCUGGCUUGCCUGUGGUUCAUCAGCGCGAUACAGUUGUACAGUGAGAUCGACAAGCUGACCAAAGGCGGAAACACACCAUUUUACCAGUAUUGCAUGAUGGAUGCGCGAACCCAUCGUGUGAUGAGUCAGGUGUAUGAUUCCCAGAUUGGUCAAACUGCCCAGCGUUCAACACUCUACCUGCCCAUCAUUGAGGAAGCAAAGAAGCAGUUCGAGCAGGCUUUUAUUGGGAACAUCGCUGCCCUGAAAUACGAUCAGAGCUACCAGCAUACCCUGAUGAUAGAUGAGAACUGGUUGCCCGCAGAAGUAUGGACGUCCUUUCCCGCGUGGUCGGGAAUUAUGAUCGACAGAGUGUUCACCUGGCAGUCACAUGUCAAGCAUUCCAUCGCCAACGAUGCCUCGAUCAUACUUGCUUCCGCUUAUCUGUACAAAGCGUGUCGGCAUGGUAACCUGGUCCUGCAACGAUGGAAGGAUAUGGAUUGGUUUCUUGAGCAAGCCGGUCAAGAGGGACCCUUUAUCCAUGAAGUAGGACCAGAAGGCAACAUGGCCACGUUUUCCCGGCGCCUAUUUAUUGGUAUAGGAAUGUCGGCAGCAUCCUUCUCUCGGGACAAUGAUCGCCUCGAGGCUAGAGGACUCAGGAGUGAAAAGCAGAUGUUCGAUCAGCGAAGGGUGUUCGAAACGGGAUCGGCAUUCCUUCGACUGGCGGAACAACUUGCGGAUGAGAGGCGCAUCUCGGGCAAGCCAAAGCGAUGGUGUAUGCAGACAGCUCUACAGAAAGAGAUGUCACGGAGGAUGCAAGAGCAGGUCGGCAGAGCGGCUAAGCGAAGGCGUCGCCAGGUGGCAUUCACGGGAUUGGAGAUGCUCAAGUUCUUCAAGCAGCAGCGACUUGAUGAUGAGCCAGGUCUACAUUUCGACCUGAUAGCCUUCUUCAUGGCCUGCAGGCGUAUGCUCUGGGAUGUGCGGGUUCGAUGGAAAGGAGAACAGUUGGCCUCCAGGCCGGAAUGGGACCAUAUACUCGUUGCUGAAGUGCUGCAAGAUGGCCAGAGUGCCGAAGACGAGGGCAAGCCUUUGACGUCGUCUGCCAUGGGUGAUGCCGCAGACGUCCUCGAAGAGUACAUCUCGAAGCAGGGGAGCAGAUAUACGGACGAGGCGUUCGUCCUGGCUCGUGGCGAGAUGCCGGUGAACUGGACCGACGAAGCGCGUGCAUUAGUACGCAGUGAGGUGCCAGCUGCGUGGUUGGCAGAUGUUGGUCACUAUUUCGAGGCUGAGAUGCUGCCCGGAAGCGCGACCAGCGACAGAUCGAGUCUAUCGGCACAGCUGGGCCCGGUCCUGCGUUCGGAGCGAAGCUGUACCUGCGCUAAGGUGGAGGACAGUCCGAUGUAUCAAGCAAAGGUGGAGACGGUUGCUGAAGACGAGGCGCUGUGA